AGGAGGAGGUCUAAACACGGGCGCGCGCUGGCGCUCCUUCCACUGGUCUGCCCAUUGUGACCUGCCUGGCUGCCUCGGUGCCUCUGCCGGGACACCGAUACUGUGACGCAUAGUAGUGCCACAACGCCGGGCUUGCACUGUCCUGUCGAGUUAGAUGUUGGUCUAGGCUGUGUGUCAUGCACCUCGUGUGUAUUGUGACCGGGAAGUGAUUAAUUCAUAGCCGGAACUUCCCACUCUGCAGCGUCGCCCAAACACGCUUCUUAGUGGUGUAGUAUAGAGUACAUUAGCACCCGGUGUACUUCGAAAUGGCACGUAGCACAACCCCCUAGCAGUGACGCACGCUUCAUGACAACAGCUUCCUGUUCCUGCAGCACCUGUGAUGUGAAGAUUCGACGGCGUCCAGGAAGCGACGAGGAUGAGCCGCCUCUCCGCCGCGCCUUGAGCCAGUACUAACAAUUCGCCGAGUGAGACAACAGCGGCUCUUUGAGCUCUCGCAAGAUACUGAUACCAUGGUUUUAGAUCAUGCUGUUUUUAUACUGUGUUAGAGACAUGCCCGUACCAUGACUUCGCUUUGCAACCGUACAAUGGGUAGUUUUGUUGCUUGCUUUUUCAACCAUCGGCUGCGGGGCGAGGCAAGAGCAACCUGAGUCCAGAGCAUUCCAACGGCUAGCAGUAGCAUGAGCACCCGCCUGGAGGGCAUCAGCGAUCAUUACCAUGCAACGUUCUGCAUGAUUAUCCCCCCCGAGCGCAAGCCGACGUCCAAGAUAGCUGGUCUGUAAGUGCCCACCCGCAAGAUGCCCUUCGGAGGCCGCCAGAGCGAGCGCUACGAACUCAACGGCACGGGGCAGCUGCAGCGCGACAGGACCUACGGCAGUAUCGUCCGCGACCGCACCUACACCAGCAUCGGCAGCUACGCCAACGCCGACCCCGAAGCGCACUGCAACUUCAUCAACGAGGAUGAUCUGGAUUUCCAGCACGGCGACGGCGACAGCUGGCGCAGCAGCGGCGGCCUGGGCGCCAACCGCAACGCGUCUCGCCCGCAGGAGGACGCCACAACCUUCUUCAGGGACGGCCGCCGCAGGAUCGACUACGUGCUUGUCUAUGAGGACUCGGGAGGCGCCUCCCGCAGGACCAAGGAGGAGCGGGAGAAGAGCCUGGGAAGGACUCUUUCGGCCAGCGAGAAGAGGACCUUCAAGCACGAGUCAUGGCGCCAGAGGUUCAUGAACUCGCUCAUGAAGGCUGGGCUGCACAUGGAGGAGGAGACGGAGGUGAGCGGAAAGAAAACCAUCUACUUCAUCAAGCUGAGCGCGCCCUGGGCCGUCCUCUGCCACUUCGCCGAGGAACUCAACAUGAGAGCGCCUCUUCAGGAACGUCAUUCAGGCGUAGUAUUCGAGCUGCUGCAACACCUUCAGCCGAACAUAUCUGCGCACAACAACCCCUCGACCAACUGGUCCGAGGUCCUGCUCGAGAAGCUCCGGCUGCCCAACCUGAUGGCGGAGGACGUGCCCAACAAGCCCCUGGACUACUUCACUUGCGCCUUCAAGAAGUCCAAGAUUGACAGGUUCUUAGGCAGCGACAACCCCGACCAGUACUUUACCAACACCCAGCGCUCGAGGAUCGUUCACGAGGUGCUCUCGACCGCGCCCUUCGGGAAGGUCAAGAAGGGCGAGAUUGGCAUUGAGAGACUCGUGGAGGAGGGGAUAUACAGCGCCGCCUUUCCUCUGCAUGAUGGACCGUACGAGUAUCCUGAGGGCUGCCGCGACCCCACAACGCUGAACCCCCGCCAGGUGCUGUACCACUACUGGGCUCGGUGGGGCAAGUGGCACAAGUACCAGCCGCUGGACCACAUCCGGGAAUACUUCGGCGAGAAGAUUGGCAUCUACUUCGCCUGGCUCGGCCUGUACACGGGAUGGCUGUUGCCGGCAGCGGUGGUCGGCCUCCUCGUGUUCCUCUACGGCGUCCUCACCAUCAACUACAACACGCCUGCCAACGAGAUCUGCAACGAGCGAGGCCAGUUCAAGAUGUGCCCGCUCUGCAACGUGAGUUUUGGGUGCCAGUUUUGGGACCUGAACGAUAUCUGUUUCUACGCUCGGAUAUCUUACCUGUUCGAUCACCCGGGCACCGUUUUCUACGCCAUCUUCGUCUCCUUUUGGGCCGUGUCCUUCCUGGAGUACUGGAAGAGAAAGAGCGCCUCCCUCGCCCACCACUGGGACUGCCUGGACUUCCAGGAGGAGGAGGAGCGGCCGCGGCCCGAGUUCGCGGCCAAGGCGCCCCUGCAGGAGAGGAAUCCCAUCACGGGCGUGCGGGAGCCCUCCUUCCCCAAGUCCAUCAGGACGAAGAGGAUCAUGGCGGGCGUCGGCCUCAUCUUCAUCAUGAUGAGUCUUGUGAUUAUCUUCAUUGUAGCUGUUAUUAUUUAUCGCGUUUUGGUGUCUAUUCCACUCUUCCGAAACGAUACGCUCAGAUCACAGGCGCAAGCUAUCUCGUCCUUAUCAGGCGCAGUCGUCAACUUCAUCAUCAUUAUGUGCAUGGGACGAGUCUACGAGAAGCUGGCAUACAGACUCACCACUUGGGAGAUGCACCGGACGCAGACGGAAUUCGAGGACAACUUCACCUUCAAAGUCUUCAUAUUCCAGUUCGUCAAUUUCUAUUCGUCCAUCUUCUACAUCGCCUUCUUCAAGGGUCGGUUCGUGGGCUUCCCGGGGCACUACCAUCGCAUCCUGGGCCUUCGCAAUGAGGACUGUUCAGCAGGUGGAUGCCUGAUCGAACUGGCUCAGCAGCUGGCCGUCAUAAUGAUAGGUAAACAGGUGGUGAAUAAUGCCCAGGAGAUUCUCGUGCCCAAAAUGAAAGCCUGGUGGCACAAGAAACAGGUGAAACUGAACCACAAAGCAAGGACCAGGUGGGAGGCAGACUACCAGCUGAUUGACAACGAGGGCUUGUUCCAGGAGUACCUCGAGAUGGUCCUCCAGUUCGGCUUCAUCACCAUCUUCGUGGCGGCCUUCCCGCUGGCGCCGCUCUUCGCGCUGCUCAACAACUGGGUGGAGAUCCGGCUGGACGCGCAGAAGUUCGUGUGCGAGACCCGCCGCGCCGUGUCCGAGCGCGCGCAGAACAUCGGCAUCUGGUUCACUAUCUUGGACUUUAUGGCGCACUUGGCCGUCAUAAGCAAUGCUUUCCUGAUCGCCUUCACGUCGGAAUUCCUGCCGCGGUUGCUCUACAAGUACGAGUACGACUGGUCCCUCAGCGGCUACGUCAACUUCACGCUCGCGACGGCGCCCAACGACACGCUCAACGAGGAGUGCAGGUACCGAGGCUACCGAGACGUGCACGGAGAUCACACUCCCUUCUUCUGGAGGCUGCUGGCAAUUAGGCUGAGCUUCGUCAUCGUCUUCGAGCACGUGGUCUUCGGCAUCUGUCGCCUGAUCGACAUCCUGGUGCCGGACGUGCCCCAGAGCCUCGAGCUGAAGAUGAAGCGCGAGCGGUACCUGGCCAAGCAGGCCCUAGCGGACUCUGACGCCAUCAUGCAGGUCGCCCAGGGCAAAGAGGACGACGAAGAGGAAGGCAACGAAAACCACGCCGCCGUGAACGCCAUGCACGACGCGGGGGAGACGCCCACGUACGCCUACCCGCCCUUGACUCCUUCGUACAACAUGGUUGGCAACUCGUCUCAGGAGGCGCCGGAGCCCGCGGACCCCCCGUAUGUGUUUACCGAGAAGGAGUCCCCGACGGCGCCUUCUUACUCGAGCCAGAGGGAGUCGCCGCCUCUCGCGGGCUACACCAAGAUGGGCGCCUCCAGCCGGCCGUCGUCCUACGCCAACAGCUCGAGCUCGAACACACCGACCCUCUCGUCGCCGAAUUCGAAGGCAAUGCCGUCUUCGCCCACCAAUAGGAGCUCCUCCUCGAAUUCCUCGACCAACAGCAGCCCACCCACGCCCUCCAGAAACAAGCGCCGGCUCUCCUCUAAUUCCCACUCGAGGAGGACGUCCUCGCACGCGCCAACAUAACAGGAAACCGCCUCCACCCGUCCCACGAUCGUGUACAAGCAGACGUCAGUGUAAGUCGCUGCUUGACACACGACAGCUUGAGUUCUUCUUUGGUUGAGGCACUCGGCGAACCUUCAGUCUGUGAGUUGGAGGAGGCAGACGCAGGCGAAGCCCACGACUCUGGAACAUUUCACAGCAGACCCCAGUACAUGUGACGUAGCCUUGAGGCCGCAGCCCGUCCGUUGAUAAAUUGGCCUGGCUGACGUUGGCUCGACAAGUUUCCCGCGUACUCUGAGCCAGAAAAGGGACAUCAAGGCUAUAGAUUCUGGAGCUCUACCCUGCGAAAGGUGAAUGGAAGGUGAAGGGAUCCUCCAACACAUAGAUACUUGAGUGCCUUGUUCAUGCUAUGUUUAUGGGUUGAUACGAUUGACGGGUGGAGGCUGGAGAGGGUAGCACGUUGAAUUAUGACACAAUGAUGGAUGAUAGUGGCUUUAGAAAUCUUUAAAAAAAAAUCAAAUGUGGAUAGCUGCGAAUAGUGGCGUAGUAAAGAGUUUCCUUUGUCCAUCGAUUGAUUUAUAUGUGAAACAAGAUUUAGUUCACGCUAAUCUAUUUUUUCUCGAGAUAAGUUUUAAUGCCCUGGAAGCGAAUAAACGUUUCUAAAUGAAAGGCAUUGAAGAUAUUUUUGAAAAUGAAUCAUUCGUCACUACAUUUUUUUGUAAAUAUAUGAGACCGUCGCAGCAUAGUAUGUCUAUCUACCACUAUCUACCGCUUUGGCUCUUUCAAGAUUCGUUCAUAGGCCCUCUUCAAGAAAUGUUUCCUUUAUUGUUUACCAAGACAGUAUUAAGUGGUUGAUCGAACACUGAGUGAAGACAAGGAAGAUGAAUGAUAAGAAGAAAGAUUUUGUUCACUAGACGAAGACCUAGUCAUGUCGGCAAAUUAAAUGUCCUGUACAACUUGUAUGUGUGUAUUUAGAGCAUUACUUGUUUAUUUUCUAAUCUUGGUCAACAUGCCAUUGCGUAAAUUGGUGUG